AUGCCACGAGUCAAGUCUGUUCGGGGCCCAUCGUUGGUCACAGACCAUGUCACGGUCAUCAAAGAGCUCCAUCCGCGAAGGAAAGUGAAACGGGUUUUGGUUACAAUCAAGCUACAGCCUGGUGUCCUAAGAUCUGUUGGCGAGGGGAAACCACAGAGCGAUGCAUUUCCACCGCCGCAACCAUCAUUACCACCACAACCGCCACAACUACAGCCACCAUUACCAUUACCACCACCACAGGGAGAUCCACUACUGACAGGUACAACUGAUGCUCAUGCAGAGCCUUUCCAAAGGAGCGGCAGUUUUUCGGUGGAUCUUGAUGCGUUUGAAAGGGAGCUCCUAUCCCAUAUAACUUCCGAGUCCUCGGGGCUAGAUAGUGGAACGGUUCCACCUGCCCAAGAUCACCCUCAUCCUCAGAAUCUUGUUUUUCUUCCACCCAUCACAUCCAAUGACAUAAACCAAAAUCAACGAGCGCCGGAUCCGGUGAUUCCAACUGCUCCAACUGCUCAAACCAGUCAAAUCACGGGUGAUUCCACUGCACGAAUAAAUCGACAGGUUAAGAAGGAGCUGCAGAUUGAGAAACUGGUGGAUGAUGAGCAAGAUACUGGCAAGCUCGCCAAAUCACACAAACCACUUCCGCCCAACAUUGCACCGCUUCUCAAAGCCGAAUUCAGCGCCCUAGACGCAGAAGAAGACGGAAUUCAAGUUGACCACAUUAUCUUUUCGUUAAAGGAUCCAUUGGGAGGAGGACGGAUCAAUUUCCCCGUGCGGUCCCGGUUUUGCACGCAUUUCGAGUGCUUCGAUUACAAUAACUUUUGCAUGAUCAGCAAGAUCACCGAGUCGACGAAAAACAUCACCAAGAAGAAUCUCUUGAAGCAAAAUUACGAGAAAUUGUCCAAAGGGGGAGGUGGGGCAACGGCGCGCAAAACGAGCACGCGUUUCAAACAGCAGCAGCCCACGAGCGGCAACACCGCGGGCACUAACAUUAUUCUACCUCCCGUUGGACGGUCGAUUAUAAGCCAAAAGGGAGUCCAGGAUAUAAGGCUACCUCCAUAUGUCACCAUUUUGAAUGAUCCCAUGCCUCAAUAUAACGCAAAGUUUGUGCCAGCAAACUAUCACCAGUGCGUCUUUUACAAAUGUCCCAUUUGUCGAAUAUCGUUCCCCUUAAGUGCACUUAUAGUCAGUGAUGUUUUCAAUUAUUUCCUCAAGCUGACGCCGUUGGAGAUUCAGCGGAUAGAGUUGGUUGGCCUAGAGAAGUUUAGACCUAUAAUGGAUGAAGAAUUUUACGGCAAGCUGCGACUGAAAAAGAACAAAAAGAGCAACAAAAUCGGCGGUGGUGGUGAUGAUGAUGAUGACGAUGGCGUGAUAUGCAUUAGUUCUGAAGAUGAGGACGAUGCUAGUAUAUCGAGGAGAGCAGCAGCAGCACAACAAACAAGUCAAAAAAUGCUGUUUGGCAACAUCCUUCACCAAGAGAAUGUUUUAAGAAAUCCACCACUAUAUCAAGAUGCGUUUCGAUUCUGGCGUCAUGAUAACAACAAUAACAAUACUCAUAACAAUAACAACAACAAUAACAAUAAUAGCGGGCCUAUUGAUGGUGAUGGAACUAGCUGGGACGAUCCUGUGCUUCUUGAUUGA